AUGUACCCAACCAGCUAUACAGAUAAGCGCCUCGACAGGACCUUGGCGCAGAUGAGACCACUCUUCAUGAAGGCCUUUGGAGUGCAAGGUAAAGACGAUGUGGAGUGGGUUCUCUUUACCUUUGCCCCUGGGCGCGUCAACUUCAUUGGCGAACACGUUGACUACAUGGGCGGGUACGUAUGCCCCGCUGCAGUGGGGGACGGCUGCCACAUUCUUGUGGGCCGCGUGAAGCAUUUCACCGACAACAAGUUGCGCUUUGCCACGACUCUCGGUGAGUACUUCGAGCUCGACAAACUCGGCGCGUCGCAACACGACAAGGCGUGGACCACCUUUGUCCGUGGUGCAGUCUCGAUUCGCCUCCCCCAUCACGGUGUAAAGCUUGGCGCCAAACCUCUGAAGGGGCUCUGCAUGAUGAUUCUUGGAACGCUCGAGAUGGGAGCUGGUAUGAGCGCGUCCGCCUCUCUCGAUAUCGCACUGCUUAAUGCGCUGAGCACGACGAUCACCGGUCGCUACAAGAACCCCCGCCUGACGCCCGGGCGGCGGUAUGCCUUCCUCCACCGCGAGUCGCCUCACAAUAUGAUUGAGCUUGUGAAGCAGGGCCGCCGCAUUGAGAACGAGUUCUGCGGUGCGAACGUUGGCAUCAUGGAUCAGUUUGUUUCCGCCUUUGCCGUUGCAAACAAGUUUCUGGUGCUUGACUGCAUGGCACUGACGUACAGGUUGUGUGACAUCACACCAGUGACGGGCAAUGACGCCUGCUUCCUUCUUAUUGACUCCAUGGUGAAGCACGAGCUGACGGGGAAAACGGCUGGGGCGUACAAUACCGUGCGCAGUGACCAGGAACAUGCACAGGAGAAGAUUUCAAAGCACGUCUUGGGCGGAAAGCCGUUCACGUUUACCGAGCUUGUGCGUGAGCCACGCAACUACACCGCUGAUGGCGACGCUGUUGGUUUCAUCAAGUCGUGCCGGAAGUACCUUUCCCCCAGUGAAUUUGACCGCAGUUACUACAAUGUGACUGAGCAGAUCCGUACGCGUGACUUUAUCGCCCUCACAAAUACGAGCACCAGCCUGACACACGAGGAGCGGUUCAGGGCGGCAGGCCGCAUCCUUAACGAGGCACACGAAGGCAUGAAGACGCUCAUGAAGAUCACGACAGAGGAACUGGACUUAAUUCAGGAGACCAUCAACCAGGAUCCCGGCGUUGCGGGUGGGCGCAUGAUGGGAGGCGGAUUUGGCGGCUGCAUCAUCCUGCUGCUCAAAAAGAAUGCCGUGGACGGCGUCGUGCGCAACGUUCGUGGAAAGUUCAAAGCGCGCUUCAACUUGGAGAACAAGGUCUACCCCGUGGUGAUGGGUGACGGCGCCAUAGUGGUGUCGUUGGCCAUCGACAAAAAGAAUGGUAGCAACCUGUAA